AAUUUCUUUAUCAUUUCGGUGGCAAACUUAACGUAGCAUGGCCGUCGACUGGAAGUAUUCGCAGUUUUACUUCCACAAAGAAUACGCGAUAAACAUAGCGCAGAGCGAAUUGAGAAAAACUUUUUUAAACAAAUUCUUUACGCGAGUGAGAUAAACAUUAAUAUAAAAGUGUUUGCAAGUCUAGAGAACAACCAAACGCGACCUCGAUUUAACGUCUAUUUUUACGGUUUUCUUAAAUAAAAUGUUGACCAAAAUGUGGUUAGUCAGUCAGCCGAAUUCUGUGAUUCUCGAAGUGAAGGUGGACCCCAACGCCAUCGGCCAAGAGUGUCUGGAGAAGGUAUGCGAGAAGCUUGAGAUCGGCGCGGAGUCAGACUACUUCGGGCUUCGCGUAUGCCCCGGUUCAGGGCCCGGCAGGUGGCUCAACUUGCGGAACCCCUUGGACCCGCACCGCAUCCCCGGCGGCCGGCUUGACCUGCGCGUCAAGUUCUGGGUGCCCCCGCAUCUCCUCAUCAACGAGCCCACACGACACCAGUUCUAUUUACAUGCGAAACUCGACCUUACUGAAGGGAGACUGGUCGUGGCAGACUUAGAAGUUGCAAGAAAGAUCAUCGCUUACAUAGCUCAGGCCGAAACUGGAGAUUGCGACCCUGACGUCCCUCCCACCCACAUAUACGAGGAGUGCAACAAAAUCGGACCUCAAGGCGAAAAGCCAGAAGACCACGUCGACAAAAUUAUAGAGUACCAUUGUGAAAUAGCUGGAAUGAGGGCUUCGCAAGCAGAGUACAGGCUUCUGAAGGAGAUAUCCAAGCUGGAGUCGUUUGGCGAGGAGUUGUUCUUCUGCAAGCCGGUGACGCAGUCCAACAACGCGCACAACUUGUAUAGCCACCUGCUGUACCACAGACAGCAGGCGGAGGAGCCACGGGCGAGGGAUGAACAGGAGAUCGAUGGCGGGGCGACUGUCGGGUGCUUGGCGACGGGUCAGAGCGUGGGCGGGUGCGGCUGCAGGCUGAGUACCAGCGUGGGAGUCAGCCCGCACGGCAUCGUGGUCUACCGGCCCUCGUGCAACGGCGAGCAGGACAUCGGAGUCGAGAAACAAAGCAUCCCCUACACCGCAAUCCACCGCGCACAACCGCUCCGCCGCCUCUUCCAGCUGUCAUACGUGACAGGCGAAGGAAACGAGGCCACUCUGCCAGUCAAGAUGGCGACGUCAGGCCAGGCCGCCGCGCUCUACCGCGCCGUCACCGAGAAGCACGCGUUCUACUGCUGCGAGACCGUGCGGACUGAUGUCACCGAGCAGUUCAUCAGGGAUUUGAAGGGCACCAUAGCGUCGAUCUUCAACGACUCGACGACGCUGGGCCGCCGCUACGUGUUCGACAUCCGCCGCACGUGUCGCGAGGUGCAUGACCGCGCCCGCCGCGCCGCGCAUGCGCACGCCGCCGCCACGCACGAGCCGCGCCUCAGGCGACGGGAGUCCGAGGGUUCUGACCAUAAGGAGUCCCGUUCUCGGUCUCGGUCGGGCGGCGCGGGAGGCGCGGCGGGCGCGGGGGGCGCGGGCGAGAUGCUGGCGUGCCGCGUGUGCAUGGACAGCGCCAUCGACACACUCAUCCUGCCGUGCCGCCACGUCGUCUGCUGCGGGGACUGCGCCUCCAGGUGCAACCGGUGCCCGCUAUGCAGAGGCGAGAUAGAAAAGCUCAUGCACGUGUUCCUGCCAGUUGAGUUCCAGAAAAGUCCCGGCCUGAUUGUAAAAUGAACGAAACAACACACCGUUGCUCGCUGAAUACGACACACGAAUGGAUUAAGUUAUCACUUCGCCGGAAUGGCUGAGUUUGUGCCUUGAGGAAGUCGGCUGAUUAGGCUGUAUGCUGUGCCCUCGUAUUGUGUGGCCUUACAGAUUAUAUGUGUGUGUGAAUGUCUAGUCAGAACUGACUUAUACACGAUAAAGUGCAUUUUUGUUGUAAUAAGGAAUGUCAUGUACAAAAUUGGGUUUCAUUCCACGUUCGGGAGUGAUUCGGAAUUUCAACGCUAGAUGGCGCUGUACGCACGCUCGCGACACUGCCGCUGAAUACGUACACCGAUGUUUUCAGUACUUAUUUAGAUUAUUUCCUUGUAAGUUGAUUUGAUUAUGGUUACGAAUGUAAAAGUACCCGUAAAUUCUUAUGACACUUUCCUUCGUUUUAGAAGGAUCUAUUUAGAUUGUGAUAAAACAUUUUAACUUACAUGUGUUGAAAAUUUUAAAUGCAUUUUUACUUAAACACUUGCCUUUAAGAGUUCAUAUCCACCUGCCAUGUGCUUUUGGGAAGUAAUUCUCUUAACUUUAGUUGCGAUAAUUGUAAGUUUAAUGUAAGACCUGUGGUCUCUAAGUUAAUCUAACAUGAAUAUGUCAUAGAUAAAAACAAAUAAAAAAUGUCUAAUUAUGAACACUA